CUGGGACAGAUUUUACUUCCGGUUAUUAUGUUUUGAAAAGUACAUCGCCAUAUUUUCCACGAUUCUGACGUUUGUUUAGUGUCUUAGGUGAAAAUAAGGCUAAGGUGCAAUAUGGAUAGUCAGCCAAAUCUCCGUCUCUUCACUGGCUGGGUCCUCAUCGCACAGGUUCUUGGUCUAACAUCUGUUAUCCUCGUAGCGGUAUGGAUGGGCUCCUAUAGAGGGGGCUUUGCCUGGCAGGAAGAUCCAGGUCGGGAGUUCAACUACCACCCAUUGUUCAUGAUUAUUGGUCUAGUCUUUCUAUAUGGUGAUGCUAUAAUGGUUUAUAGAGUCUUCAGAACCGAGCGUAAAACCUUUGUAAAAAUCCUCCAUGCUUGUAUACAUGUUCUCGUCAUGGCGUUUGCUGGGGUUGGACUAAAAGCAGUAUUCGAUUCUCAUAAUUUACAUAAAAAGGGCACGGUACCCGCCCCUAUACCAAAUCUAUAUUCGCUACACAGCUGGCUGGGACUGACUACAGUGAUAUUAUUUUGUCUCCAGUGGGUGUUUGGAUUCGUUAGUUUCCUGUGGCCCAAAGUUGCGCUAAGCAUGAGAACAAUCUACAAGCCGAUACAUGUCUAUUUUGGCCUUGCAAUAUUUGUUAUGGCCAUAGCUACAUCACUAAUGGGCAUAACAGAAAAAGCAUUUUUCAGUGUGGGUUCUCCAAGCUACAAAGGUGUCCCUUAUAGUGCACUACCUGCUGAGGGUGUCAUUAUUAACAUAUUGGGAAUGGUCCUUGUGGCACUAGGUCUAGUCGUAGGUUACAUAAUAACUAAUCCUGAUUAUGAACGUCAACCAACCCCUGAAGAAGAGCACAUUCCACUUGACCAAUAGGAGCCAUUCAGCUGAUGUGAAUAUGUCUCCAGUGACCAAUAGGAAUCAGUUAUCCAAAGAGGAUUAUAAGUCUCAUCCAAUAGGAGUCAAUUAGCUUUUUCCUGCCUUUCCCAAUUGGGCAAUCAGAGCCAGCUGAAAUUCUUCAAAUCUAUGACGUCAUGGAUUUCGUUGUUAUUAAAUAAGUUAUUGAGUGAUCUAACCUGACAUCUAUAUUAAAGAUUAUAAAAAAAUAAUCUGGAUCUUGGAAAUGGUAUGUCAACAAAGAGAAACUUAUGUUCAUUAGGGUCUCUUAAUAGUUGCCUGGUGUUUCAAAAAUUGAAGUGUUUUAUCUAGUUGGAAAUCAUAUACCACUUUCUGCAGUCGGCAUCUGUGUACAAAUGGCAAGUGGUGACAUUUUGCAUG